AUGAUUGAGGGUAGAAUCUGCACAAUUAUGACCGAUCACAAGCCAAUCACAUUUGCAUUCCUUCAAAAUCCAGAGAAAGCAUCACCACGUCAAUUGAAUCAUUUGGAUUUCAUCGGUCAAUACACCACCGACAUUCGUUACAUCCCAGGAAAAGACAACAUCGUAGCCGAUUUACUUUCCCGCAUCGAAAGUGUUUCAAACUGCGAACCAAUUAAUUACGAAGAGUUGGCCGAAAAUCAGAAAAUCGAUCAAGAAUUAAAUGAUUUUUUGAAAAACAACACGUCAACAUUACAACUAAAACUAAUCAAUAUCCCGAACUCGGCAAAAGCUAUUGUUUGUGACGUUUCAACGAAACACGUACGACCUUUCAUCACCAAAGAUUUUCGUAAACAAGUUUUCAACUCCGUUCACAACUUGGCGCAUCCGAGUAAAAAGUCAACAAUCAAACUGAUCAGCGAGCGUUUUGUAUGGCCGAACAUGAAAAAGGACGUCACCGAAAUGGUAAAAACUUCUCCGGGACGCUUUUAUUCUUUGAUCAACGGUUGGAUAACGUUUUACGGUGUACCAGCUAAGAUUACAACUGACCAAGGCAAACAAUUCGAAGCGAAUCUUUUCAACGAAUUAGCGCGUAUCAUUGGUGCAAAACAUCUCCGUUCAAGUCCACGUCAUCCACAGGCCAACGGUAUGAUUGAGCGUUUCCAUCGUACCAUGAAGUCAGCAAUCAAAUGUCAAAACAAUGAACGUUGGACUGAAACAUUGCCAAUGAUCAUGCUUGCUCUUCGCUGCGUUUUCAAAGACGACAUCCAAGCAACACCAUCAGAAAUGGUUUAUGGCGAAACACUCAAAUUGCCAUGCGAUUUCUUUGAGACCAUCAACGACGAUAGUUUUGGCACCGAAUUUGUUCAACAACUACGCGAAUUAAUACGAAAAAUUCAACCUGUUCCAGCAUCGAAUCACGCCAAUAACAAAGUUUUCAUUCAAAGAGACUUGCAAACCUGCACACACGUUUUCUUGAGAGACGAUGCAGUUCGACCGCCUCUCAAAGUACCAUACGAUGGUCCGUACGAAGUCUUAAGCCGAAACGACAAAACAUUUGAGCUUCAAAUCAAAGGUCGCAAAGUUCGCGUUAGCAUCGAUAGAGUCAAAGCAGCAUUUUUGCCAAUUGACGAACAACCGCCAUCACACACCGUCGUACCAAGGACGAACGAAAAUCAAAUUACCAGCAAUUCAACCGAUACCCCAAGCGAGCAACCAAAGACAACGAGAAGCGGAAGAGUCAUCAACAGACCCAAGCGAUACGUCUCUUUCGCUGAUAAUUAG